UCCACGAUGCUGCGGGGAGUCAGUCAGCGUGCAAAGGGCGCCUUCACCCUGCGGCUGGUGAGAGCUCAGCGCGGUAACCCAGGACUGAAUCCUUCAUCCCCACGACGGGAAUUAGCAAACAGAAGCCUUCUACCUCACUCCCACUAUACAACUGAUACAACAUCAAGAGAGGAAAAUAAAAAAAUUAUUGAGAGUCUCUACGGAUUGUCAGUUGAUAUUAAGAAAAUACGCAGACUAAAAGAAUGGGUCCUUUUCCAGGAUGUGGCUUAUGUUAAAGAAACUGCUACUAUUCUACAAGAGAUGGGAGCCAACGAGGCUACCAUAGCCAGUAUUUUGGAGCGCUGGCCAGAGGCAAUUCUCCGUAGCCCUGCGGAGAUAAACUCUCAGAGAGCGCUGUGGCAAUUAGUGUGCCAGAAUGAAAAACAACUCAUUAAAUUAAUAGAGCAAUUUCCAGAGUCUUUUUUUACUACCGAGUUUCAUGAGAAUCAGAGGGCAAAUAUUCUGUUUUUUCAAGAGUUGGGACUGAGGAAUAAUAUAAUCACUAGGUUCUUGACAAGUGCACCCAGUAUUUUUUACAAUCCUGUUGAGAAAAACAAACAUACAAUAAAGACUUUACAGAGAAGUUACUUGAGUUUAGGAGGUUCCAAUGCAAAUAUGAAGAUUUGGAUACUGAAGCUAUUGAGCCAAAAUCCAUUUAUUUUAUUAAAUACUUCCACCGUAGUCCAGGAGAACUUGGAAUUUCUUCAGAAGAAUGAUUUCACUAACCAUGAAGUUCUACAACUGCUGUCCAAACUUAAAGGCUUUAUUUUUCAGCUUACUCCUACCAGCAUGCAAAAGAGUAUGGUUUUCUCCAAAAAUGUCUUUAAGUGCAGUGAUCAAGAAUUAAAGCAGCUAGUGCUCAAAUGCCCAGCCCUUCUCUACUAUUCCGUUCCAAUUCUGGAAGAAAGACUCGAGGGAUUUUUGAAAGAAGGAAUUUCAAUAGAGCAGAUCAGAGAGACACCAAUGGUGCUUGAGCUGACAACACAAAUCGUUCAGUACAGAAUUAAAAAACUCUCCGCUUCAGGCUAUAAUGUAAGGAGUGGAAGCCUAGAGACUUUGAAUGGUACUAAGAAAGAUUUCGAAGUCACUUGUGGUAAGAUACAAUCAAAGAAGGAGAGACCAAUGUUCAAUCCUGUUGCUCCUAUAAACACUGAAGAUUAAUUUGAAUGCUGU